ACUUUUCUGUUUAAUGGGUAUGUUAUCUACUUACUUGAAAUAUUAGAUCUAUUACAAAUCUAUUUUUCAUUAAAAACAACCCUAUGUGAUGAAAAUGUAAAUGUACUUUCAAAACUGGUAAAUGCAUGAACCAGGGCAUUGACACUGGUUGGAGAGAAAUUAUAGGCUUUGUUUAAUUAAUACCUAUUUCAUUUUAGGCUUCUACUGAUAAUGGAGAGUAGAAACAACAAGAAGUGCGUUAUUUGUAAUAAGAGGCGAAGUCGUGGUGGAUCACCCUUACUUUUGAGUAGGUUUCCUCUGGAUUCUGACCGUUGUCGAAUGUGGGUUAAAAAUGCUGGCAUAGAAGACUUAGCAUAUGUACCUAUUGAAAAGUUACACCAACUGAAGUUUGUUUGUGGUGGGCACUUCACUCCUGAAUCCUUCAAUGCCAAAGGAACUCGGCUGAAGAACUCAGCUAUUCCAACACUGGAAUUGAGCAAUCCCAUCUUGCCAGAUGAAGUUUUGACAGAGUUUCCUCUUCAUGUAAAAGACUCCAAUAAAGAAAACCUCAAGACAGUUCUUUAUGAUCAUUCAUAUUGCAUUCCAAAGAAGUCAAAUCCAGUUGAACGAGUUCCCCUUACAACUACAACCAAACAACUAAAUUCAACAUGUUUGGGAGCUGUGGAUAUACCAGAUUCUGGUAUUUCUGCGAAAACAACUUUUGAACCUCUUCCUUCUACUUCCAAUGCACCAGAACAUAUGACCUAUAAACCCAUUACUCAUGAUGAUAAAAACAUUUGCCAUCAAGAUGCACAGGCAGAAAUAUUAGUCCACAGUUAUAAAAGACCUAAGAAAAACAUUGAAAUGAAAGACACUUCAUCAACAUUUACAAUUAAAGAGAAGAGGCUUUGGCGACAGUUACAAAAUGCAAAAAAAAACAAUAAGGAAUAUAGCGAAGUCAAGAGUGAAUUUAGACAAGUUAGAUUCGGAAGUGCUGACAUCGUUAGUAAAGGAUGUAGUGCAGAAUAACAAAAAAAAGUCACAAGGAAAAAGGUGGACUUUAGCCAACAAAAUAUAUGCUUUGGCUAUAUUUAAACGGUCCCCUAAAGCAUACCGCUAUAUGCAAAAGCUGUUUACGCUACC